AUGACUUCUUCGACAACCACCUCAUCAAGUGAAUGCCACGACCACGACCACCCAGGUCAUGUCUGCAACCAUGCACCAAGCUCAGUGUCGGAGAGUCUCGACGAGAUAGAGUUCAGUCGCUCCAUUUUUGCCGCCUGCACUGCCCACAACGUCGACAGGGUUCAGUCGAUUCUAUUGAGACAAAAACGAGGCGAGUCUCCGGCUGUCACCCGCGAUUCGGCUGGAUACACCGCUCUGCACUAUGCGAGUAGAACGGGCAACAUGGCGACCUGCACACUACUACUGGAUGCAGGCGCAGAUGUUGACGCUAAGACGCCCGAACUGGGAACCACGGCCCUGAUGCGAGCUAUCCAACAGAACCACCUCGACGUUGCCAAACUCCUGGUUUCGUAUGGCGCCAACCUUCAGGAACAGAACUCCUCACACGAGAAUGUCUUUCAUAUCCUCGCCCUUGCUAUCAGAGACCAAGCCAGUUCCAGAAAGGGCGUGUUUGAUGAGAGCGAGAGUUUCUUGGAACUGGCGACGUGGCUGCGGAAUAAGGCCAAGGCCGGCCACCCUGGGCGAUUGGAGGCGUUGUUGCAGGUUCGGGAUGUUCGUGGACAGACGCCAGCAGAGAUUUUGGAUUCAGCAGGAGCAACGGCGACAACGAGUGUAGCGUUGAGGGAAAUCUUUGUGUUGCCACCAUCAUCGGCACAGCAGUCCUGA